AUGACAUCGACAACAACACUAGAAAAAGAGGAGGUUUCAGUUAAACAUUACACCAAAACUAUUCCCAAUGCUCCAGAAGAUGACAGACCUUUAGAAGUUAGGAGUAAUUUAGAAUAUGGUAAGUCCACAUCUAAAGAGCAUCUUUAUGUCUCCAAACAUCCAGUUGGGGAACCUUUACCAACACCAAUAGAUGAUGAACCACCUUAUGCCAUCUUAAUAUUCACUUAUAUUUGUUUCUUGAUUUUAAUUAUAAUUGGUCAUAUCCGGGAUUUCUUUGGCAAAAUCUUUAAACCUGAAGAAUACGCAGAUUUAAUUGAAAAAGAUGGAUAUGCUCCUUGGUAUGAUGGGUUUGAAAGUUUCUACGUGCGUAGAUUGAAAACCAGAAUUGAUGAUUGCUUUGCCAGACCUAUUCAUGGUGCUCCUGGCAGAUACAUCAAAUGUUUCAAUCGUAUAAGAGAUGGUAAAACAGGUUACUUGUACGAUGGAACUUCAAAAGAAUGUCUUAACUUGUCUUCAUAUAACUAUCUUGGCUUUGCUCAAUCAAGUGGUGUUUGUACUGAUUAUGCUUUGAAAUGUGUGGAUGAUUAUGGUACUUCCGGAUGUUCCCCAAGACUUUACAGUGGUACCACCGACUUACACCGUGAAUGUGAACGUGUUAUUGCUGAUUUUGUUGGCAAAGAAGAUGCUAUUAUUGUCAGUCAAGGUUAUGGUACUAAUGCAAAUUUCUUUGCUUCUAUUGCGGAUUCCAAAACCUUGGUUAUUUCUGAUGAAUUGAAUCAUGCUUCCAUUAGAUUUGGUAUCAGAUUGUCUGGUGCUUCUGUUAAAGUGUUUAAGCAUAAUGACAUGAAGGAUUUGGAAAAUCUUAUACGUAACCAAAUUGCCCAAGGUCAACCAAAGACUCAUCGUCCAUGGAGCAAGAUCAUCAUUGCAAUUGAAGGGUUGUAUUCUAUGGAAGGUAACAUGUGUAACUUGCCAGAAAUUGUCAAGAUAAAGGAUAAGUACAAGUGUUAUUUGUUUGUUGAUGAAGCCCAUUCUAUUGGUGCUUUGGGUCCAGAUGGUAGAGGUAUUUGUGAUUAUUUUUCGGUUGAUCCAGCUAAAGUUGAUGUUUUGAUGGGUACUUUAACCAAAUCUUUUGGUGCUACUGGUGGUUAUAUUGCUGGUGACAAAGAUUUUAUUGCCAGAUUAAGAAUUAACUACAUUACUCAAGGUUAUUCAGAAGGUGUUCCACCACCUGUUUUAGGUCAAAUCAUUUCAUCUUUGAAAGUCAUUAAAGGUGAGUUGAACCCAGGUGAAGGUGAAGAAAGAUUACAAAGAAUUGCAUUCAACUCUCGUUAUUUGAGAUUGGGAUUGAAAAAGUUGGGUUUUAUUGUUUACGGUGCUGACGAUUCUCCUGUUAUUCCAUUUUUAUUGUUUGUUCCUUCUAAGAUGCCCGCAGUUUCAAGAAUGCUUUAUGACAUGGGUAUUGCUGUUGUCAUUGUUAGUUAUCCUGCAACUCCAUUGAUUAGCGGUAGAGCUAGAUUAUGUGUUAGUUCUGCAUUAACAAAAGAGGAUUUGGAUUACGUCUUGGCUAAAAUGAGUGAUAUUGGGGAUUUGAUUUAUUUGAAAUUCAGUAGUGGUAUUGCUGGUGGUUCAAAAGUCCCAGGAGAACCACCUCGUUGGACCGUUGACGAAGUAUUGGCCACUAAUGUUGAAGAUUGUAAAAAGCCAAAAUUAAUGUAG